AUGGAUUAAUAAGAAGAAUAAAAUAAAAAAAAAUUUAAUACUAUCUAGGUGUUUGUGAGGAAUUAUUCUUGGCAUGUGAAAAGUUAGGAUAAAGACUGGCCCUGAUAAAACCUCAGCUUUUGAACUUCCAACAUUUCAGCAAUUAUUAGCAAAUCUUAGGGAGUUGUGUAUAGAAAUUUAAGAAGAUUUCCAUGUAAUUGGAGCAUCUCGUGUAUUAAAAGCUGUAAUUAUUUUUGGAGGUAGGGAUCCUCUAGCUUAAGCAAAAACUUAUGCGUAAAAGCCACACAUUAUAGUUUGUACUCUAGAAUAGGGUCUGAAUCAUUUAGAAAGUACAAAAGGAGUUAAGACAAAGAAAUUAAAAUUUUUAGUUUUAGAUGAAGCUUUUUUUGAAAGAGAAAUUAAUUCAAUUCUAGAUAUCAUUCCAAAAGGAACGAAAUAAAAUUAUAGACAACCUUGCUCAAAAGUCAAAAUAAAUUUUUAAAGCAAAUAUUAAACUAUCUCUACUAUUCAACAAUAUUAUCUUUAAAACCUGAAAAAUACAAAGAAACCUAUUUGGCAGGAAAUACUUCGAUUGUAUUUUUAGCAACAUUUUAAUUGGCGAUCAAGAUAACAUUGCUACUUAGAAAUAUUUGAUUUUAAGUCAUUUCCAUAUAUUGAAAACUGAGUUAAGCCAAAAGAUUAUCAUCAUUAAUAAAUUCAAAUCUCAAAAAUCUAAUUUAUUAAUCGCUAUUGAUGUUGCAAGUAGAGGUCUUUACAUUCCCUUUAUUAAUAUGCUAAUUAAUUUUGAUAUUAAAUUAAAUACAAAUCAAUAUGUUCAUAAAGAAGGUAGAACUGCAAGAGCUGGAAAAUACGGAAAGGCAAUGAGUCUUGGAACCUAAUAUGAUGUUCAAAUGUAUCAGAAAGUAGAAUUAAAAGAUUUAUUAGAAAAAAGAUUAAGAGGACUGGAGUUGAUGAAGAUGAUUUGGAUGAUAAAAAAGUGA